UAUUUAUGUAAUUCUUUCAGGAAAUGAUUCCACUUAUCACCCUUAUCGAAAAUGUCUUGUUUUUCGUUUUUAAAAAAAUCUCCCAAGAAAGAGCGUUUAUGAGCCGACAACUUGGUGAACUUGGUGGUUCGACGCCAUGGCGGAAUCUCGAGAGCGCUCCGCCAAGCUCAACUCGCUGAAGGAGCCGGUGUUAAAGAAGCUGUGCGACGUGUUGGACCGAACGCCCGGCAAAGGAUGGCGAAGACUCGGGGAGAUAGUCGCCGGGGAGCGCCGCUUCAAAGUCGGUCCAGACGACAUGGAGAUGUGCUCCCUGAAGGUCUUGCAGCCUGACGGCAGCCCCAGCCACAUGCUGCUGAGGCUGAUGGGAGAACGAGGCUGCACGUGCGGCCACUUGAUGGACUACCUCCACGUGCUGGGCAACACGGAGGCCCUGCACUGCCUCAAAGCGCCAGCCUUGCAGAUCAUCAUCCAACCACAAUCGGUGUCGCUGCUGUGCGGUCACAACCUGCGCCUGAGCUGCCACGCUGUGGGGCAGUCGCCGGUGCAAUACCAGUGGUUCAAGUCCAAGGAAGAGGUGCCAAAAGGCUCGUCCCCUGAACUGACCAUCAGUGGCAUUCAUGUGAAAGACGGCGGCUUCUACAUCUGCCGUGUCAACUGCGGCGACUCCUUCCAGUUCAGCCAGUGGGCUCAAGUGGACGUCUUGAAUGUGUCCACGUCAUGCGGCCAGAACUGGCAGUCCUUGGAUGGUCGUCUCAAAGUGGCCGUCCAGCCUUGCCCGCAGCAGCUGCUUGUCGGCGCCACCCUACAGCUGGAGUGUGGCGUUGUUGGGCGUCCCAUCCCUCACUAUCAGUGGCAUCGUGAUGGCGCACCUGUCCCAGAUGCCACCAGGAGGAAACUCACCAUUCCUAACGCCACGCAGGACCACCAGGGCCGGUAUCGCUGCGAAAUCAUCAGCGGUGGUGAGCGGACGUGGACCAAUGAGGUGGAGGUUGUGAUUGCUCCAAGGACCCUGGUCCAGAUUUCAGGAGCAAUGGAGUGCUCUGAAGAUGAUGUUUAUGCCAUUGGAGGAGGUUCCACUGAUUUCCUCCUAAACCGCAUUCCUGAGCAACUCUAUGCAACAGACAAAGUGGCACUGCUGAUAGGCAACCUGGCCUACCAGAACCACCCACAGCUCAAAGCACCCAUGGUGGACGUGUAUGACCUCACCAAUGUGCUGCGGCAGCUGGAUUUCAAGGUGGUCUCCCUGCUGGACCUCACUGAGUCAGAAAUGCGGAACGCUGUCCACCAGUUCCUGCAGUUGCUCCAUAAAGGAGUUUACGGCUUGCUGUACUAUGCCGGGCACGGCUAUGAGAAUUAUGGCAACAGCUUCAUGGUGCCAGUGGACGCGCCUAAUCCAUACUGCUCGGCCAACUGCUUGUGCGUGCAGAGCAUCCUCAAGCUGAUGCAGGAGAAGGAGACUGGUCUUAACGUCUUCCUGCUGGAUAUGUGCAGGAAGAGGAAUUUCCAUGACGACAGCGCGCACAAUGUCAUCUUGAGGGUGACGGCCAACAUCGUCUUCGGAUACGCAACAUGUCAAGAUGCUGAGGCCUUUGAGCUGAGCUCCAGCAGCUUCACCAAUGGCGUGUUCGUCAAGUUUCUGAAGAAACGCCUGCUUGAGGACGAGAAGAUCACUGUGGUUCUGGACAGAGUUGCAGAAGACAUGGGUCAGUUUGACGCCACCAGGGGCAAGCAGGCCCUGGAGAUCCGCAGCAGCCUGUCAGAGCGGAGGUCCCUGACUGACCCGAUGCUGCCCGGUGCUCCUGAUCGCCUCCACAGUCAACAGUGGGCCAAAGCUCACGAGCUUCCCGAUUGCAUGUAUUUGGAUUUUGAGUGUGGCACUCAGAUCAAGUUGGGCUUCGCCGCCGAGUUCUCCAACGUCUUGGUCAUGUACACGCACAUUGUUCGGAAACCCCUCGACUUCUUGCGAUGUGAAGCGCAUGUCACUGAUUUCCCACAGGAGCUGGAUGUGGAGCCCAAGGAGAUGAAUAAGAGCAUUCCGGAGGACACGGGCAUCUACCUGCUGUCCGGCAGCCUGCCGCAGCAUUGCCUCUACACUAGACUCUGCUCACUGCAGAAGCUCAAGGAUGAGCUGGUGUUCACUGUGUGCCUCCGGGGCACCACUGCAGCCAUGGACCCCGACGACAGCGUCUACUGGUCCGAAAGCGUCAACAUUGGCAAGCCGCUAAUUGCCCGUCUGGACCUUCAUGAAGUCAUGCGCCCUGACAGCUGCCUGCUAACGUGCCCCGUGCCACACAGCGCCAACCCUGAAAUCUACGAGCCUGAGGAGGUGGGGGCAUGCGGAUCAAGCAUCCCCAUCGAAGCCAGCGAUGACAUUCACGAGCUGCAGACAGCGUUCAUCAACAGUCUGCAGCUCCAGCAUCCUUGA